CUCUUGUUAGUGUGGAUGUGGCGGGCGGCUGCUGCUUGACGCCUCACCAACUUUUAACUUUUCCUAAUAAUCUCCUUAAGUUGGCAGCGUCAGGGCCUACUGUCGCCUGUGGCCAUCAGGGAAUUUGUAACUGUUGGUGAAGUCUCUGCUGUGCUGGUGACGGGUAGUGACCGUGGUGGCGGCCCCUGUACGGGAGGGACAUGUUGUAACCAAGUGUCGCCGUCGGUGUGUUGGUCGUGAGUGUCGUGCCUCAAUUCCUGGUGAGAAUCUCUUAAUAAUUGUGUCAUCAGUUUGGUAUUAAGUCACCGUGUGGUUAUUGUGAGUGUUUGAAUCCUGGAUACAGAGAGAGAUAAAUAUCUGCCACGACGACGUUGUGUAGUGAAGAAAGAGCCGGAGAUCAGACGGCGAGGAGGUCGCCUGAGGGUGGUGUGAGCGUCAUGUCUGAGAAAAGUCAGCGAGGCCGCGGACCAGCAGGACAACACCUGCCUCCCAUCCCCCCUGAGACUAUGUCCAUGAACAUCCACCUCAACAUGCAGCACGCAGCCAUGCAGCAGACCAUGCGCAUGAUGAAUGUUCUUCAUUUGUUUUCUUUCCUAGGCAGCAACAACGAGGCCCAGACCUUCCUCUCUCGGGGAGGUCAGGUCAUCAUCAGGAUGAGGGGUCUCCCUUACGACUGCACGCCCAAGCAAGUGGUUGAGUUUUUUGAGUCCGGGGAAAAUGGCUGCCAGAUCCUGGAUAGCGAGGACGGGGUGCUGUUUGUGAGGAAGCCUGACGGGCGGGCCACAGGUGAUGCCUUCGUCCUCUUCAGCUCGGAGGAGGACAGCACCAAGGCCUUGGGCAAGCACAGGGAGAUCAUUGGCUCGCGUUACAUCGAACUCUUCCGUUCCACCACUGCUGAAGUCCAACAGGUGCUAAACCGAUCUAUGGACCCUCGGACCUAUGAGCAGCAACAACCUUUAAUAGCACAACUCCCUCAAGUGCCACUAUUGCCUCAACAAAUCAUCACUUCUGGAACCCGGAAGGAUUGUAUACGUCUCAGAGGUCUUCCCUUCGAGGCCCAGGUGGAGCACAUCCUUGAAUUCUUAGGAGAACUUGCCAAAAGCAUUGUUUACCAAGGAGUCCACAUGGUGUACAAUGCCCAUGGUCAACCAAGUGGUGAAGCAUUCAUCCAAAUGGAUAGUGAGCAUUCUGCAUUUAUGGCUGCUCAGCAGAGGCAUCAUCGCUACAUGGUCUUCGGAAAAAAGCAGCGUUAUAUAGAAGUAUUUCAGUGCUCUGGGGAAGAUAUGAAUAUGGUGCUGACUGGCGGCCUCCCUGCCCAACGACCCGUCGUGUCCCCGGGAGGCACUGUGAUUGCACCCCCCUUUGGUGCCUUCCCCCUGGGUCCUGCUCCUCCAGUUCUGAAUGCUGUUGGAGCUGUGACUCCCCGUCUGCCAACAUACCCAGGAGUGGCUUAUCCAACAAUGUUCUACUGGCCAUACCCAUCACCACCUGUAUCCCCAAGCUCUCCGUACUAUAGUUCUCCCCCUCACCUCACUACGCCUGCUACGCCACCACACCACACCAUUGUGAUGAGGUUGUCACCCUACGCAGCAGGAAACCGUAGUUAUAGCACCAGAGUGUAUGCCCAUUCAAGCAAAUGGUGACACCUCACGACACAAUGGUGAGGCUGUGGCGACCAUGUGAAACACCGGGAAGUCUUGUGUUAAUUGAAACGUCACACUAAAUACUGUUUAUUGCUUGAGCCUUUGUGUCACUGAAAUGAUAAAAGAUUAUCAUAAUUCAUUGAAACUAAGACUAUUUUAAAGAACAUCUUACAUUUGUUGUUCUUCCUAAGUGAGGAAGAUCUUGUGGUAAUGUGUGUGAAGUUAUUCAAGAAAAUAAGAUUGCUUCAUCUAGAUUCUAGAGACCAAAAGUGUUUAUGAGAAUGAAAAAUAUAAAUAAUUACUUAAGUUCAGUGUAUACAAUUAAAGCUGUCAUGAAGUGCUGAAAAAAGUAGCAUGGUUCAACAUUAUUAAUAUUUACAACAGAAUAAGUUUGUAGAAAGGGAAGGUUUAUUUGUCUUUCAUACCUUUUCCUGCUUAAUGCAGAAUGACCGAACACAAGAGCAAAUGUGCAUUCACAUUUUCCCUUUACACUUUGUCAUUAAUGUAUACUAAGAAUAACUUGACACUGAAUUGCAGAGGUACAGCAAGUGGUAUGUGAUGUAACAUAGUACUAUAUACAGUAAUAUCGUUCAUCUCUCAUGGUCCAUAAUCCUCGCAGGAGAUUAUAAUGCACAAGAAUUUAUACAUACAGGUACUGCCAGCUGUCCGAAUAUUCUUUAAUGAAAACCUCUUUAAUAUUAGUACUGUAUAUUGUUUAAUGACUGAUUUAUUUAGAAUGUUUAUAAUUGAUAUGAACUUAUGAAAUAGAAUUUUCUUUGCUUUUCUCUAGGUUGUGUAAUUGAUAAUUGUCCUUAGGUUAAGGAGCUUGUUGCAAGAGCCUGAUGGCUGCAACUCAUGUGACAACAAGUAUCACAAAGUCUUCCAGUAGUUAUUUUAAGUGAAUUUUAUGUAGGUACCUACAGGUGUCUACAAUAUGAGUUGACAGUAAAUAUUGUAGCAUACAUGCAUAUGCUAUUCUCCUUAUAGAUUUUAAGUUUUCUACCUUAAUUUUUACUUCUUUGUUACUCAUUGUGCAUUCCAAGUGCCUUAUUGAAGUUACAUGUUGUAUUGAGCAUUGCUAACUACAAACCGCCGUCAGUACCACAGUGUGAUGCCGUUGCCCCUCAGUUUUGUUUCAGAUAUCCUGCAAAGGACUGAGUUUCAUUAUAAUUAUUUAUCAGUCGGUUAGUAAGAGCAAAGAUAUGUACAAAAUGUCUCUUAAAUCUGCAGUGUCAAAGUACAGCUAACUGUUAUUAAUAGCAGAUGAAACUGUUUAGAAAUUCCUUGGUACUAAGAAGUCCUGAUUUAACAGGCAGUGAGAUUAAGAGAUUAUGUUAAGUCAUAGAUAUCAUAGCGAAGCUGUGCAGAUGGAGGAGUUAUGUUCUUUUUCACAAGGGUGGGUGGGCUGCCUAUAACUUUAUCUGUUGCUGUAGAGCUAAUAAUAUGAACUCAUAGUAAUGAAGAAGACAGUAGGAAGAUGGUUACUGGCAAAAUAAUGUCAUUUUACAGAACAGUAUUUAUUCAUCCUCUAUGACUUUGAACAAUACAGUACAGUACAGUACAGUACAUUCAAACCCUUUUAAUCCCAAGAAACUUUGUCAAUCUUUACAGGUGUUCCAUUAAGUGAACAAGAGUACAGUAAAUUAAAUCCCUUUUUAGAGUUUCACGUCCAAAAUUUUUGAAGGCAUAAGGCUCCGAAAAUGGAAUGAUUAUAAGUGGAGAAAAUGUGAUCUCUACCAAUAGUGCUGUUGCUGACCCACCCUUGCUGCCCAGCCCAGCCAGGUACAUGGAUUCCCUAUAAUUGUUCUGGCAUACUGUAAAUAGUGUUACCCAUUGGGUGCUUUCAUAUUAAAGUUACCAUAUCUAUAAUGAGGCAAAAAAUAGAAGUUGUGGAAGUUCUAUAGGAUUUUCCUUUGGCUUAAUGGAAUAGAUAAAAUUGAGCCACAGAUCUCCUAUUUUACAGAAGUAAUUACUGGUCUUGCCACAUUAUCAAUGAAACAAAUAUAAUGUUUCAUUUAUAGUUUUCUGUAUCAGCAUUUUUUUAAAGAUAUGCAGCAAUUUUCUCCUGAAUAAGCAUAUUUUUUUGCCCUUGUAUAAGAAAUUGGGGUUUAUUGCCUGCAUACCUUCUCUUCAUGUACUGCAGUACACUUGUCAUUUUGUUGAAAUUUUAGUUAUUUAUUAUUAUAUAUUUCUAUGAUUAUUAUAGUAUAAUUAUUAAGUAGCCCUUUAUGCCUGAAGACAGGGUGCUCCACACAACACAGUGAAGUGCUGUAGGUAAUUAGUUGUCAUGAUAAUUGUUAAGUAAGCUCCCCUUUUGAACUUCAUGGGAGUUAUAACUAUACUGUUAUAAAAUUAUUUAGUUUAAUAUUAUAGCUAUUAGUAGCCCUCACUUUUAGAGUAUAGGGCUUUCAACUUGCUAGUUGCAUUUUGAGUGCUGCAGUUCAUCAAUUUCUUGUUCUUCGUACCCUAGUCGUGACAGCGUGAGUAGUGAGCCGCAGCGGUGCUCAAGCCACUCUCAACCUAAUGCUCAGGAGCCACGUGCACCACACACCUAAAUACUUGACUUCAUAAUGGUACCCCUAUGUUGUAUUUCUCAGUUAUGCCAGGAAAUGUGUUUUUUCCAGUAAAGCCAUACUGUGCUGUACUCUUUAAUGUAACAUUUGCUGCAGUUUAUUUUCUUGUCAUUUACUGUGAAAUUUAUUCAUACUUAAUCACUCAAAAAAGGUUUGAGAGAUAUUCACACGCCCACACACAAAUCUACCCGACUGCAGCUUUUGACAAGUUG